AUGUCGGAAGAGCGGCCGGCGGCCGUGGGAAGCAAAACUGAAAGCCUGCGGCUGCCGCUGCCGCUGCGGGCACGAUUAACAAGCGCCAUUAUGGGCGCGCCUCGUGCAGCGGCGGCGGCGGCGGCAGGUCGCCAGAUGCGGGCCGCGGGCCCCGCGGCUCGCGCCGCCCCCACGUCCCGCGGCUCCUCUCCCCGCUCCGGCGACGACGAGCGCGCCUCCGCCCCCGUGUCCAGGCCGUUCCAGCUGCCGCCCGCGCUCUACAAGAGCUUGCUCAGCAGCGCUCUGCUAGACAAGGCGGCCAGCUGCGUCUCCGUGGGCGUCCCGACAGCCCUCCGUGCGUCUUCCGCCGCCGCCGCCCGCGCCCCUGAGGGCAAGUCCGCCGCGGCCGCCGCUGCCGCUCUGCACGCGCCGCCCGCCUCCGCGCAGGGCCUAGUGCACUGGAUGUCCGUCAUGGCCGAGCACAUCAACACGCCGCACCACGACUCCAUGCACUACAUGUGGAACGGCGUCGAGCAAUGCGGCCCCCACGGGAAGGAGCUGGAUUACGCGUGGUCGCGGCAGUCGGUCGUUGCAAAGCAGGGAUAUGAGGCGAAGAUGAGUACGCUGGAUCAACAUAACCAUUCCAUGCAGAAAGGCGGAGGCGGCGGCGCCGAGGACCAGCAGCUGGGUGGCGCGCUGGCGGCGCGCUCCUCCAGCUCCAGCAGCUGCGCCUCUCCGCCCACGCACGCGCACCCGCACGCGCACGCCGGCGCCGCCCCCGCGCCGCCGGCCGCCAUGCUCGUCGUGCCGCAGCCCAUCAACGCCUCCAAGCAGGCGCCCGCCACCAACGGCGGCCCGCCCCCGCGCAAGUACCAGUGCAAGAUGUGUCCUCAGGUCCGAGGUAGGAAACGAGCUGGUGCCAAAGCGAGGGAUGGCAGCUUAUCCUGGCCAGGCAUUGACCAUACAAACCCGGAGAUAUUUGGUUCAAAGGCUGAUUUGCAGCUUCAUACCCAGAUCCACAUGAGAGAAGCGAAGCCAUACAAAUGUUCUCAGUGCAGUAAAGCAUUUGCAAACAGUUCUUACCUGUCUCAGCACACGAGGAUCCAUCUGGGCAUCAAACCGUAUCGGUGUGAAAUAUGCCAACGGAAAUUUACACAACUUUCUCACCUGCAGCAGCACAUUCGCACGCAUACUGGAGAUAAACCGUACAAGUGUCGUCAUCCUGGCUGCAACAAAGCCUUCUCUCAGCUGAGCAACUUGCAGAGUCAUUCAAGGUGUCACCAGACUGAUAAGCCAUACAAGUGUAACUCGUGUUACAAGUGCUUUUCAGAUGAGCCAUCUUUACUUGAACACAUUCCCAAGCACAAAGAAUCAAAGCAUUUGAAGACACACAUCUGCCAAUACUGUGGAAAAUCGUACACACAAGAAACGUAUCUUACAAAACAUAUGCAAAAGCAUGCAGAAAGGACUGACAAGAGACCACCUAUAACAGGUAUCGGGCCUGAUGUGAGAAACACCGGUCUCGGAGGCGGCAAUGGUAGCUCAGUUGCUGACCCACAUCCUUACUGGCCUAAAGUAUCGCCUGACACUGCUAGCUCACUGGUUGAAGCAAUGAACCAGCACGAGGUAUGCAUGCAACACGCCAGCAGUGGAGGUCUCGGGGAACACCACUUGGCCGUGUCACAUCACAGGAGUCUAUUGGAACACGGGAGUCGCCACGUGAACGGUUCUGGCAGCGAUGGAGGUGGUAAUGGAGGUAGUGGAAACAGUGAGAAUCUAGUGGUGAUCCGGAGUCAGCAGGGUGGAGCUGCUGGUCUACACCAGCAGCAUUCGGUUGCACCACCUGCUCCACCUCCAACUCCCACCUCACAAUCGCAACAGCAGCAAGCGACAGUGCCAUCGUCACCUUCCUCUGUCUAUGGUGAUUCUACGGUAAAGACUUCAACUACUCCAUCGUCAGCUUCUGCUUUCACUCCUAUACAGUCAAUGGGUGGCUUGACACAGACCCACCAUCAUCUCAAUCACUUGAAUCACCACCAGCUGGGGAUAGCUUCACCUCCCACUCGGCCACCGUACAUUCCGUAUGACGCUAUACCGUUUCCACCGCCAAAAGUUGUCACGUCGGCAGCAGGCCAACUUUCUGGCAUGGGUGGAGGUGGUGUCGAGAUGCCAAAGACUGGUUCAAACACGUUCCCUAACCAGCUGAUCUCUUUGCACCAAAUUAGAAACUAUGCUCAUCAGCCAUCAGCCUCUUCAUUAGUAACUGGUGAACAUCUGCUCGGUCUGAAAGAGAAGGGACAGUAAUGAUAUCCUCUGAAUGAAGUGUUGUUGUUUUAGUAAAUGUUUUGAGGAUUUGUUGUUGAGACUGCUCAAAUUUUAGCACAAUGGAACUGAAAGAAGUGUAGAAUCUGGACUGUGAGAAGUAUUUUCAGAGGGUGCCUGUGCGUCGAGUAAAUUAAUUUGUAGUUAAGCAAUAAUGUGCUCAAUUUAGUAGAAAGAACUUUGAGGUUAUUAUUGUUUCCUAAAUUUCACCUGUUUUGCUGUGUAACCUGACAGUGUAUUUGUUUCGUUAUUUAAGUAACGAACUGUAAACCAAAGAGCUGUGGUGUGUCAACUGUGUUAGUGUUGUCAGAAGAAGAAAGUUUGUUUGUCAUGAAGAAAACAAAUAAUUUAUCUCUUCCAAUGUAAACAAAACAUUUUAAAACACCAGUUUAAUUUUUCCAGGCUUUAUAUUUAAGUUGGGUAUACAGCAUAAUAGGUUUCAAAAUUUCCUGUAGAAAUGUCAACUGUUACUUUUGAACAUUUAGUUUGAAUAUGUAUACUACAGGAGAAAUGAAAUGAAAACUCUUGUGCAAUUAAUUUAAAUAGAACUUACCAUUGUACGUCUGUCAGCAGUUUUAUUGUGACAGUUGAAUUUCUGGUAAAAAAGUUCUGUUUGUACCAAAUAAAAAAAAAAACGUGGUUUACAACAUUAAACCUAAACAACAACUUUCAGAAAAAUCAUUCUUUAGAAGAAUUUAUGUGAUUACUCAAAAAAGAUCAUAUGUUGUUCCUGAAGUGAGAAAAAACCAUUUCUGUGCUCAUGGAGUUGUUUACAAAGAAACUUGGUGCUGGCAUUCCAGAAUAUACAAAUGAACUGAUAAUAAUAUGUAAAAAAAUCUUUUCCAUUUAUGAUGUUACAAUUUUGAACAAUAAAAGGCUCCUUUAAAGAGAGCUGCAGAGAAAUACUGAUGUGCCGUCUGUCUGUCUGUCUGUGCACUAUAAACUUAAUGACUGUAUCAUUGUGGAUUAUCAUAUGUUUCCUAUAAAAUGCAUUCUAUAUGUUUUGAA